AUGACAGACGCAAUGGAGAAUGUCGCGGACGGUGUACUGGGCGCCGCUGUACCUGGACCAAUGGCUCCCACGGGCGUCGCCAGCAGCGUUGCCGGCGGACCCGAACCGGUACAUAACGGCGAAGAUUUGACAUUAGAGAACUAUGCGAGCAAUACCGGAUCUCAAGCGUCACAGCAAGACCUGAAAGUCGCCACGUCGCCCGUGAGCGCUGUAACACGGGUGUUGCUCUUUGCUGGGUCCUGUUCCGUCAACCUGUUGCUGCCCUUCGUAAACGGGCUCAUGCUUGGGUUCGGUGAGCUCGUCGCGCACGAGCUGUGCUGGAAGUUUCAAUGGUUCAGCAGACGCAACCGUGGGUACAAGAUCUACCCCGAGUCGCGUCGCGCGCAAGGCCAGCGCGACGCACAGAUCCAGAAAGCCUCGUUUCUGUAG